CGGAGAAGGGAGUCUACGAGGAGAGAGAGAGAGAAACACAGUAAACUAGGCUACACAUCUAACGGGGUAAACCUGGACGAAAGAACGGGAUUUUAUUGCACGUUUUAACGGUAACAAAAUCAAAUUUAAUUGUAGUACGUAAGUCGCUUGAAGAAGGGACAUUUCGGUGGGAGUUUUCCCCAAAGCAGUGUGCCUUCUCAACCUUCAUACACAGACUUCUAGUAGUUUGGAUAGGCUUGUCCGCUGGGGGAGAGUUUGUUGUGUAGCUCGAGCUGGUUAUUUUGUUGCGCGUUAGGCGCUCCCGUUGUUGUUGAACUAUGGCGCUCAAGGCGAGGGCUUUAUACGACUUCAAUUCCGAAAACCCCGGGGAGAUAUCAGUGAAAGAAAAUGAAAUAGUGACUCUGUACAGCGAACAGGAUAUUGAAGGCUGGCUAGAAGGAUCCAACAGCAAAGGCGAGAGAGGUCUCUUCCCCGCGUCCUACGUUGAGAUCCUGAAGAACGACACCGCGUCCACGUUUAACAACAACGGCACAUCCGGAUCCCGGUACGCCAAUAUUCCAACCGGAGGUUUCGAGGAUGCCUCCUCUUAUAACAUCCAGAAUCAUACUGAAAACUUGUCCAAAACAUCAGUAACAUCGCCCGGGCUUCCGGCGUUGUCACCACCUGCCCCAGCACAGCAGCAACCCAUUUAUCAAGCCAGCCAGGGCAGCGACGAAGACUGGGAUGAUGACUGGGAUGACAGCUCGACAGUGGCGGACGAACCCGGGGUUGUUGGGGUUAAUUACCAAAGGGACUUUGAUGGCAACGGACCGUCUACAUACAGAAUGUCAACAUCAAUGUCUAAAGGUAGCAACGUUCAACAAGCCAAGAGCUCUGCUACGGUCAGUAGAAACCUCAAUAGGUUUUCAACAUUUGUGAAAUCAGGAGGGGAAGCGUUCGUGUUAGGUGAGGCAGCUGGGUUUGUGAAAGAUGGGGAUAAGAUCUGUGUUGUAACGGGACAAUACGGUCCAGAAUGGCAGGAAAACCCAUACCCCUUCGCCUGUACCAUAGACGACCCCACCAAGCAGACCAAGUUCAAAGGGAUGAAGAGUUACAUUGCCUACAAGCUGACGCCCACCCACACUCAGACCCAGGUAAACAGAAGGUAUAAACACUUUGACUGGCUCUACGCCCGGCUGGUGGAGAAGUUCCCUGUCAUCUCGGUGCCCCACAUCCCAGAGAAACAGGCCGCGGGGCGGUUUGAGGAGGACUUCAUCUCUAAAAGGAGGAAAGGGUUGAUAUGGUGGAUGAAUCACAUGACCAGCCACCCGGUCCUGUCCAAGUGUGAUGUCUUUCAGCACUUCCUCACCUGCAACAGCACAGACGAGAAGUCAUGGAAGCAGGGGAAGAGGAAGGCGGAGAAGGACGAGAUGGUUGGGGCUAACUUCUUCCUCACUAUCUCCACGCCCUCCGGACCCCCCCUGGACCUUGUCGAGGUCGAGUCCAAGAUCGACGGCUUCAAAGCUUUCACUAAGAAAAUGGACGACAGCGUGAUCCAGGUCAACGCCACCACCAACGAGUUCGCCCGGAAACAGAUCACGGGGUUUAAGAAGGAGUACCAGAAAGUGGGCCAGGCGUUUAAAGUCCUGGGGCAGGCGUUUGAGCUGGACCAGCAGGCGUAUUCAGUAGGGUUGAACCAGGCCAUGGCGUAUACAGGAGAAGCAUACGACGCUAUCGGAGACUACUUUGCAGAGCAGCCGAGACACGAUGUGGAUCCGUUAAUGGAUUUGUUACAGCUGUACCAGGGACAUCUGGCCAACUACCCUGACAUCAUCCACGUACAGAAAGGAGCACUUACCAAGGUGAAGGAGUCCCAGAAGCACGUUGAGGAAGGCAAGAUGGACGCUCCCCAGGCGGACGGCGUCAACGAGCGCUGUAACAUCAUCUCCUUCGCCACGCUGGCAGAGAUCCAGCACUUCCACCAGGUCAGGGUGAGGGACUUCAAGGCCCAGAUGCAGCAGUAUCUAACCGAGCAGAUUGGCUUCUUCCAGAAGAUCACCGGAAAGCUGGAGGAGGCCCUACAGAAGUAUGACAACGCUUAGUCUCCCCCCUCUACUCUAAGGGACACCUCUGAUUGGUCUAAAUCCGAUUGACCACGUUCUGAUUGGUCGAGAUCUCAUAUCCGAACCCCCCCCUUCCCCGAUUAGUCCAGAAAUGACCCUUGACCUCCCUCAGUCGGCCAAUCAUUGAAGCCCCAGGUGGACAUUACCUUCAACUGCCAAACAGCAAUACAAUCCACUGUGAGAAGACACAGACAACACUGAGCGACCUGGAUAGUCCCCUGAAGGCUGGAUGUUGAUCCCAUCCCUACUGUUUAAAUGGGUUUUAAUGCAGUGUUGUUUUUCCUGGAUCAAAAUGGGGCUUGGGUGGUGGGUGUGGCAGGGGCGUGGCCAUGAGCGUGACAAAAUGUAUCUGUUUUAAAGCUAAUCUCCUGCAAUUCUACACAUUUUGCCAUGUGGCUGAGAGAACAUUAGCAGUUUUUUUUAAAGCUUAUAUCUAUAAUUCUACACAUUUUGCCAUGUGACUGAGAGAACAUUUGCAGUUUUUUAAAGCUUAUAUCCUAUAAUUCUACACAUUUUGCCAUGUGGCUGAGAGAACAUUAGCAGUUUUUUAAAGCUUAUAUCUAUAAUUCUACACAUUUUGCCAUGUGACUGAGAGAACAUUUGCAGUUUUUUAAAGCUUAUAUCCUAUAAUUCUACACAUUUUGCCAUGUGGCUGAGAGAACAUUUGCAUUUUUUUUAAAGCUUAUAUCCUGUAAUUCUACACAUUUUGCCAUGUGGCUGAGGGAACAUUUGCAGUUUUUUAAAGCUUAUAUCCUAUAAUUCUACACAUUUUGCCAUGUGGUUUAUGCUGUCUGAGUGACUCAAACAUUCUAAUGAAAUUAAUGGGGGCACCAUGCCAUGACAAAUAUUCCUGAAUGCAUCAUUUUUUAAAUUUUAGAUUCUCCCUGACAGUCUGGCUUUUGUUAUGGUGAUUGUUACUUUUUAAGAGGCUGUUAUUUAAGAAAUAAAUACAUAUAUAUUAGUUUUUCUACAUACUUUAUAUCUUGUUUUAGUCGUUUUAAGUUUACACUGAAAAAUGUUUUUCCAUAUUUUUAUUUUAUUUUACUGUUUGGACAUAGACGGUCCGAAAACAACACUGAGGCAGCAGACAGCCCAAUGCUUUUCUAUGUAGAGAAAACACUGAGGCAGCAGACAGCCCAAUGCUUUUCUAUGUAGAGAAAACACUGAGGCAGCAGACAGCCCAAUGCUUUUCUAUGUAGAGAAAACACUGAGGCAGCAGACAGCCCAAUGCUUUUCUAUGUAGAGAAAACACUGAGGCAGCAGACAGCCCAAUGCUUUUCUAUGUAGAGAAAACACUGAGGCAGCAGACAGCCCAAUGCUUUUCUAUGUAGAGAAAACACUGAGGCAGCGGACAGCCCAAUGCUUUUCUAUGUAGAGAAAACACUGAGGCAGCGGACAGCCCAAUGCUUUUCUAUGGAGAGAAAACACUGAGGCAGCAGACAGCCCAAUGCUUUUCUAUGGAGAGAAAACACUGAGGCGGUUUAGGAGGUGAGCCACUCAGACGUGAGACUACAGAAGCGGAAGGUCGUUAAAGCUUCUCUUUUUGUUUUUGAUCGACAAUGAGGCAAGCCUUCGGUUGGUUGUAAAGUGUUGAUUUUACCGAGGGCUAUCCUCGUCGCGAUUUGGUUUGGUAGGUGUCCGUAGUCCAGCGAGUGGGUGGACGAUUAAAAUACCCUCUCCUGUAAACUUAUUAUUCCCUACUGCUGCUUGUAGCUACACGGGAAGGUAUCUUAACCUUGUAGAUCACACUAUGUCCACUAAACCUGUUUUAAACAACGUGACUGGUUAUUAAGAUGGAGUCCCAUAAAGGGACAGUGAUUUGUUCAGAGGGGGGAGUCUCUACCGUUAGUGGCUUUAAACCGUUACAAUGCUGCCUUCUGCUAUAACACUUGAGCUCCUCAUAGUGUGUGUGUGUCCCAAAUGUCUUCAUACUUCCUAGUAUAUAGUGCAUUACUUUUGACCAGAGCCCCUAUGCGUAGUGUGCUAUAUAGGGGAAUAGUGUUUCCAUUUGGGACAUGUUGACACACACAGACUCCUAGCAGACCAGACAACCGGACUUGUGCCUUCUUUUCUUUUUUUUUGGAUUGUCUCUCUCUGAUGAAACAUUAUUUUAAUUUUCUUUAAAAAAUAAUUUCUAUAAAGGUUUAUGUAAUAUAAAUAUAUUCUCAUAUUUAGUUUUUAAGAUGCUUGUUUGUUGCAAAUAUUAUAGAAAGAUUAUCAAGGACCACGCGAUGCUUUUGGACUUGUGUUUUGUUGGAGUUGAGAGAAGUGCCCAGCCGAUGGGGAGCAGAGUCCGUCUGGACUGCUUGGAGUGCUGACCUCGAUGAUUCUCCCUUCAGAGACUGAAGUCUGAUUCAGGGGCGUCAAUGUAGAGAGAACAUCCCACCGACACUGCGCUCGGUGGGAUAACCUGUUCUGUUCUUACUGCAGGCUUGGAUUCCAUUCAGUGGAUAUCAUGGGACCAUGAACUCUGCCUGCUUAAAGGUUCAGAGCCUUGGAACGCAAAGGAACAUGUCUCAGACUGAAAUGGACUGGACAGCCGGCUUGGACUGAAAUGGACUGGACAGUCGGCUCAGACUGAAAUGGACUGGACAGUCGGCUCAGACUGAAAUGGAUUAACACAGACUGAAAUGGACUGGAAUGUCGGCUCAGACUGAAAUGGAUUAACACAGACUGAAAUGGACUGGACUGUCGGCUCGGACUGAAAUGGAUUAACACAGACUGAAAUGGACUGGACUGUCAGCUCGGACUGAAAUGGACUGGACUGUCGGCUCAGACUGAAAUGGACUGGACUGUCGGCUCGGACUGAAAUGGAUUAACACAGACUGAAAUGGACUAGACUGUCGGCUCAGACUGAAAUGGACUGGACUGUCGGCUCAGACUGAAAUGGACUGGACAGUCGGCUCAGACUGAAACUAAACUGGACAUUUUAGCCCUCCCUGAAAUUAUAACGUUAUUUUUUAAAAAUGACUUUAAAUAUUAUUCUUGCACAAUGUUAUUUUUUUUUACUUUUUUUUUUUUUUUACUGUUGAUGGAUGUCAGUCUGUCAGUCAGACUGGUUGAUGGGUGGACAUCUUUCCUCUCCUGUUAUUAAUUGUCUACUGAUCCUAGUACAGAUCUGGACACCUCAGCCAGCCUGACUCUCCUGUUAUUUCAACUUAUGUGCCAGUUUUCGUGUCGAGUCAGAGACUAAAUAAACUACAUAAACUCC